CAAUAUGUUCAGUAUCAUUUUAUUAGUACGCCGGUAGAGAACAGAUCGUUUUUAAAAAAGUCCCCAGAAAAAUUUGUCGUUUUUUUUUCUUUAAAAUAGUUGAUACUUUUUCCUAACCUUUAUCGUUUCGGAAUUUUCGAGCAAAUUUCGAGUGUGGAACUAGACGGACUUAUUUUAAUCGCCCAAAAUUUUUGUAGUAUUGCUUGUGUUCGAAGGGGAUUUUUUGAAAGUCCUAGAGCGAUUCUCGAAGUAUCAUUAUAUAACCAAGCAGAACUAAGCCGGCAGUCAGGAUGAACAAGCUACGUCAGUUCCACUGCUCGUUGAAAAGCGCGUGUGUCCUGUGCAAACCACAUGUCCUGUCCAGUGUGGGCGUGCGAUUCUCCUCCUGCGGCGACGGCAAGACAAUGGCGAAGGGCGUGGUCGUGGGCCUCUACCAGAAGGAGGGCGACAAGGAUCCCAAGCUGACGCCCGCGGGCCAGAAGAUUGACCAGCGCGUGCAAGGCAAGCUGAUGAAGGCGAUCUGCGAAACGAAGUUGGACGGGCGACUGGGUCGCGGCAAGGUGUUCAACAACAUAGACACAGAGUUCGCAGCCGUGGCCGUGGUGGGUGUGGGCCUGGAGGGCAUCGGCUUCAACGAACUGGAGAUGCUGGACGAGGGCAUGGAGUUCGUGCGCGUGGCCGCCGGCGUGGGUGCCAGAUCCCUGCAGCGGCAGGGGAUCACCAACGUCCUGGUGGACGGCAUGGACUAUGCGGAGCAGGCGGCCGAGGGUUCCCAACUGGCCGUCUGGCGUUUCCCGGACAACCUGUCCAAGCAGAACAUGCCAAUGGUGCCCACCCUGGAGCUCUUCGAGUCGCCGGAUCACGAGGGCUGGACGCGGGGCAUCUUCAAGGCGGAGGCCCAGAAUCUGGCGAGACGUUUGAGUGAUGCCCCCGCCAACUGCAUGACGCCCACCAUGUUCGCCCAGGCCGCCGUGGACGCCCUAUGCCCAUGCGGCAUCACCGUGGAGGUGCGCACCAUGGACUGGAUCGAGGCCCAGCGGCUGAAUGCCUUCCUGAUGAUCGCCAAGGGCAGCUGUGAGCCGCCCGUGCUCCUGGAGCUGAGCUACUGCGGCACGGCGCCCGACGACAAGCCCAUUCUGUUCGUGGGCAAGGGCAUCACCUUCAACUCUGGCGCCCUGAACCUGCGCAAAUGCAAGGGCAUGGAUGAGUAUCGGGGCAGCAUGUCCGCCGCCGCCUGCUGCGUGGCCAUGAUGCGCUGCAUCGCCGCCCUGUCGCUGCCCAUCAAUGUGACCUGCAUUAUUCCACUGUGCGAGAACAUGCCCUCUGGAAUGUCUGCGAAGCCCGGCGAUGUGGUCACCCUGCUCAAUGGCAAGUCCAUGGCCAUACGGGAUCUGGACAAGGCUGGUGUGGUAGUGCUGUCGGAUCCCCUGCUCUACGGACAGAAGACCUACCUGCCCAGACUGGUGGUGGACAUUGCCACCCUAAACACGGGUGUGAAGAAGGCCUUUGGCGGUGGCGCCACUGGCAUCUGGUCCAACUCUCACUACAUUUGGAAGCAGUUCCAGCGGGCCGGCUCCAUUUCCGGUGACCGUGUGUGGCGUCUGCCACUCUGGCAGUACUACAGGCGCCAGGUCACUGACGAGCGAGCCUACGAUCUGAGCAACGACGGACGAGGAUUGGCCACCUCAUGCCUGGCGGCGGCCAUCCUCCACGAGCUGGUGCCCUGCGUGGACUGGGCGCAUCUGGACACCCGUGGGACUGGACUGCUGUCCAAGUAUGGACUGGUGCCCUACCUAACCAAGAGGCGCAUGACCGGACGACCCACCCGCACACUUGUUCAGUUCGUCUACCAAAUGGCCUGUCCGGAGAUGAAAUGAUCCUUUUAGGCGGUUCUGUUGCCGUGUGAUCAGUGCAGUGAUCAGUGGCCGAUUCAUUUUCGACCAAGUGUUAUAUUUUGUUUGAUAUUUUCAAGUAAAUCAAAGAUUUUCGGCGUGAA